AUGAGCACCUGGAGGUAAAGACUGAGCUUGAAGAUGUCUCCCCAGAACCUCUCACUUUCAGACUCGCUGCACAUAGCAAUUUUGGCUUCCAUACUUUCUCUUACCAUUUACUGGAUCAUCAGAGACAGACACAGAGUGAGAAACUUGAAUGAAAAGCAUGUCUUCAUAACAGGCUGUGACACUGGACUUGGAAACUCACUAGCUAAAUGGCUUGACAAAAAGGGAUUUUGUGUCAUUGCUGCAUGUGCCACAGAAAAAGGAAGCCAAGAGCUACGGUCCUGCUCUUCACUCUCACUGAAGACAGUGAAUCUGAACUUAGCAGACUCCAAUAGCAUUGCCAGGGUUGUGGUGUUUGUGACUGAACAGACAGCUGGCAAGGGGCUUUUUGGCUUGGUGAGCAAUGCUGAAGGAACAGCACCUGUAGGACCCACUGACUGGCUGAGGAUUGAAGACUUCCAUUCAGUCCUGGAUGUUAGCCUGCUGGGACUGAUUGAAAUCACGCUCAAGCUUCUGCCACUUCUGAAAAAAGCUGAGGGAAGAGUUGUCAAUCUAAUUAAUGCCAAAGGUCUCAUGGCUUUUGUAGGUGGUGGUUACAGUCUGUCCAAAUGGGGCAUGGAAGCUUUCUCUGACACUUUACGGGUAGAAAUGCAGCAUUUUGGAGUGAAAGUAAGCAUUGUUGAGCAUGGUUUCUUUAAGACAGAAGAAGCUAAUUCAGAUAUCAUUGAGAAAUACCUCUUCAAACUUUGGAACAGACUAACUCCUGAAAUCAAGGACUCCUAUGGAGAAAAAUACUUAGUUGAAUAUAUAAAAGCCCAAAGAUCAUCAGUGAAAAGACUGUGUGACUAUGAUAUUUCUAAUGUCAUAAAAUGCAUGGAACAUGCCCUAAUAGCAAAGUACCCCAGGACACGAUACAGAGCUGGAUGGGAUGCAAAGUUCUUCUGGCUGUUCCUCUCCUAUGCCCCAAGCUGUUUGUCUGAUAUGUUGUUGCACAUUACAUUUCCAGCUCCAGCAGAGAGCAGGAGAGCAGUUCAUGGAGUUCUAAUUGAUGUCUAGUAUUAAAACAGUAAUCUGUGCAGAAAUAAAUAUCUAUCCCAUUAAAAAUAGAUAUCCUCUUCUUUACCAGUUACUAGACUGUUAAAAUUCUUUCCAUAAAGUACUUUCUUCAUCCCUCACCCCAUCUUACCUGAAAUUCUGAGUCUCCAGGUAGGCUUGUAAAUCCAGCAUGUUUUUGAAGGCUGUUGCUCAGAAAUUACACCCCAUAGGAUCUGCUUUCAUAAACUUUUCAGCUACAAAGCUAGUUAAUACUUUUCACACAAGACAUGAAGUGAAAUAAUAACCCAGUCCAGCUAUUGCAGCAUAUUCCAGAAACUACAAUUAUAGUAUCUGACCACUUGAUGAUUCAAUUCUUUAAAAAAAAAAAAAAACACAAGCAAUUUUAGAGAAAUGCAAUUCUAGGGAAAAUCAAAUCUCCACCAUUCUAUGCAAACACAGUAUCAAAAUGCAUAGUUUAACUUCCUUUCUAAUAUAAGUAUAGUUUAUGGGGAAAAUACAAAAACAAUAUGCAUUCAUAUAUCUUUCAU